CCAACUCCGGGCCGGCGCGGGAGGGUUUCGGACCCGAGCCCGGGAGGGACGUCGGGGCGGGACGACCUUGAGCCGCGCGGCCCGCAGCCAUGGAGCAGGACGAGCCGGGCGAGGCGAUGACGGAGCUGCGCGAGCGGCGGCAGGGCGUGCUGGAGCUGCUGCAGGCGGCGGUGGGCUCAAGCCUGGCCGUCUACGCCGCGUGGGCGCUGCUGCUGCAGCCUGGCUUCCGCCGUGUGCCGCUGCGGCUACAGGUGCCCUAUGUCGGUGCAAGUGAGCGGCAGGUGGACCACGUGCUGUCGCUGCUGCGAGGUCGGCCGGGAAAGAUGGUGGACCUGGGCUCUGGCGAUGGCAGGAUCGUGCUGGCCGCCCACAGGUGCGGUCUCCGCCCGGCUGUGGGCUACGAGCUGAACCCGUGGCUAGUGGGGCUGGCUCGGCUGCAUGCCUGGAGGGCAGGCUGUGCCGGCAGCGUCUGCUACCGCCGUGAGGACCUCUGGAAGGUGAACCUGAGGGACUGCCACAACGUGUCAGUGUUCCUGGCCCCUAGCGUGCUCCCACUGCUGGAAGACAAGCUGCAGGCAGAGCUGCCCGAAGGGGCCCGAGUGGUGUCGGGGCACUACCCGCUCCCCACGUGGCAGCCUGUGGCUGUGAUGGGUGAGGGUGUGGACCGCGUCUGGGCCUAUGAUGUCCGUAGUGGUGGGUCGGCCAGUCAGGCCUCCCCAGGACCCAGUUCUGCCUCAGUCCCUGGGGCCCCCAAUUCUCAGGCCGGCUGACCAUUUGGACAAAAUAAAGACUCGGUGGAC